GUGUCGGAGACCUGCAGUUUGGAAGGGUUAGUGAGCAACACACACACAAACUUGCCCACUCAGCACACAUGCACGCACACACACACUCAACCGUGGCAUGGGACGCCACUGGACUCGCUGGAAAAUGAAUCUAAUGAAGGGAAGGACAAUCAGCCUACAGUAUGGAUUCUGAAUCUCUGGACAACUGCAUUCAGAGCACGCUCUCCGCACUCUACCCUCCGUUUGAAGCCACUGCGGCCACCGUGCUAUGCCAGGUGUUAGACGUGGUUGAGACGAAAUACCGUGGAGACGGACUACGCUACAUCAUUGACUUCCUGGUGCCCGCUAAACACAUCCUACAGAGCAUUCAACAGGAUGCAUGCUUCCCAUACUGUGGUUUCCUGUUUCGUCAUGAGGGCUGGCCGCUCUGUGUCCAUGAGAAGGUCAUAAUUCAGCUCUCAUCUUUGGACUGGCGUGUGUUACGGCCCAGUGACUUCUACUUACAGGUGACGCCAUUGCCCAAAAGCACCCCACGCAUCACGGUGAAGUGUCUGGCAGCUAGCAGGCAGCAUGUGGAGGAGCUGGAUGUGCCAGAGCUAGCAUACACCUCUCUAUUCACCAUGGAUUGGCUGGACUCCAUCAACCGGGAGAGGAGUGUGGUCAGAAAAGCCGCUCUGGAACACUGUCUUUUAUCAGCGGAUAAUGAUAUUUUUAGGGUACCGUGGGAGGAUAUUGUUCACCCGGAGUUUAUCAGCAGACCCCCCAAAAUUACAGAAGAAGCUGAAAGUAGAGGGGUGGCCAAGGAAGUUGCCAACAGAGAGGAAAGGGACUUGGACGUAGAUCAAGAAGACAACCCUGAGGACAUACAAUGUAGGAUUUUUAUUGACACUUCCACGGACCAAUCGGGGGAGAUGGGUUGUCAGAGCAAGGGGGUUAAGCUCCUCCCUGCUCUCAGUGAGAUCAGUAAAGAUAGCAGUGGACAGAGCUCUAGCAGCACGGCAGAGGAUUCGGAGGGAGAGUAUGUGGAGCUAGCUGAUAUCUCCUUACCACGCUUUUCCCCACAGAAGGGCUCUCUCACUCAAGCCAUUAGCAUGAACUACAGAAAUCUACAUAAACCACAGACUGCGGCUUCUACUCAGCCUAAAGCCAAACCAGAGCAGAGUCUUUUGAAGAAUGGCGCAUGCUCACAGAGCAUGGUUUGCGCCAUGCUGAUUGAGAAAAACCUGAGUGAUACCUACCAGCCUGUGAUUUUAACCCCCACUGCUCCUGCAGAGGCAGAGCGUCAACUACAGCAGGUGGAUGGGUCUGAGGGCACCUGUGCUGCAGGUACAGCCUCCUGUGACAGUGUGUCUGAGCAUGAGUCUGAGAGAGAGUUUGUGUCUCAAAACUCUGACUGUGAUACUGCUCCACUUUCUGAUACGUCAACACGUAACAUAUCACAAACAGACUGUGAACCAGUCAACACAUCACAACUAGACAGCAAUCUAGUCAGCUCAUUACAACCAGACAGUAAACCAGUCAACAUGUCACAACUAGUCAACGAGCCAGUGAAGACACCACAAUCAGAUGUUAAACCAGUAAGCACAUCUCAGCAAGACAACGAACUAGUCAGCACAUCAGAACUUGACAGCAAACCAGUCGGCACAGCACAACUAGUCAGUGAGCCAUUCAGGACAUCACAGCCAGACGUUAAUCCUGAAAACACAUCUCAUCUAGACUACCAUCUAGUGAGCACAUCACAACUAGAUAAUGAGCCAGUCAAGACAUCGGAUCCAGACGUUGAACCAGUAAGCAUAGGUCAGCUAGACAACAGUCUAGCUAGCACAUCACAAUCAGACAGCAUGUCACAGCUAGUCAAUGAGCUAGUCAAGACUUCACAACCAGACGUUGAACCAGUAAGCAUAUCUCAACCAGACCUUAAACCACUAAACAUUACUCAACUUGACAGCAAACUAGUCAACACUUCACAACCAGACAGUAAUCCAGUCAGCACAUCACAGCUAGUCAGUGAGACAGUCAAGACUUCACAACCAGACCAUAAACUAGUAAGCAUAUCUCAACUAGACAGCAAACUAGUUAGCACAUCUGAACUAGACAACAAAAAAGAAAGUUUAUCUCAACUAGACAGCAAACCAGUUAACACAUUAGAACUAGACAAUGAGCCAAUCGAGACAUCACAAACGGACGUUAAACCAGUGAGCACAUCUCAAUUAGACAACAAACUAGUCAGCACAUCACAACCAGAGAGCAAACCAGUCAACACAUCACAACUAGACAUCGAGCCAAUCAAGACAUCACACCCAGACAUCAAACCAGUCAGCACAUCUCAGCUAGACAACAGUCUAGUCAGCACAUCACAACCAGAUAACCAACUAUUCCACACAUCACAACUAGAAUGUGUACUAGUUAGUAUAUCUUUACCAGAAAGCAAACCACUCAUUGCAUCACAUCUGUACAGCAUGCCACUAAGUACAUCACAAACAGACAGCAAAACAGUUCACGUGGAGCAACAAGACAGCGAAGUAACUAGUAUAUCACAACCAGAGAAUGAAAUGUUAUCUGGUACUUUAGAGAGGGAAAACUCAGAACAAGUUUCUCCGGCUAAAAUUGAACUUGUUGUGUUUGAUCCUGCUGCAGAAGCAGAAGUCGUAUCUGAAUCUGAGCAGCUCCGAGGUGAUCAUGGCCUGGAAGGCUGUUGUGAUUUGCAGAAUUGCAAAGUGUUGGUUUCUGAGCCUCUAACUGUCAGCGUACACAAACAGACUGAGCAAGCAGAGCACAGCCCAUGUCAGAUACACAAACACAUCCAAACACCACCUGAGCAAGUGCAUGAUCUUUCUGCCACAAAAGAAGACCAUCAAGCAUUUAGUAACAGUAGCCAUGACAAGAAUGAAUCUGAUGGUGAUUAUAGUUUGAGUGCAGAGGAAGAAAGUGGGCCUCUUUCGGCUGCUCCGCAAAGCAAACAGGUAGCUUUUGCCUCUGUCACCACGGUGCCUGAGGAGGAUCUGGUUACGCUCAUUUCACAGGGUCAGGUGAGGACAGAGUCCCACGAGGACAGAAACAACGAGACUGAGGGGAAACUCCAGACAAAAGAAGCACAUGCAGAAAGAGAAGUAGCGGGAAAUUUAUCUUGUAAGGAGGAAGAAACGGUAGAAAAGAAAAGCAUUGGAGUGACAGAAAGCAAGACAGAGAAUGAUACAGUAGCAGUUUGUAAGGCAGAGGAAGUUGAGACUGCUCAAACAGGUCUGGUAGAUGCCACACCCAAGUCUGAUUCCAACGUUCAAGUUCAGGAGGAGGGCAGCUCCUCUGUAGGAACAGAUGAGAAGAAACAAACCGAUGUUGAAGAGAAAGGGGUGGAGGAAGAGGAGACCGAGGGCAUUACUGUGAGUGAGCAAGAGGCCAUAGUGACCAGCUAUUCUGAAAAUAGAGUCCAGUCAGCAUGCAAUCAAGUCCUUGAUCCAGACGCAGAUGUUCCCAACACAAAUGGACACAUGCACACUCAGGACACACCUACCACCAAAGGAGAAGGGCAAAAUACAAAGGAGGAGGAGGAGAGAAAGGGGGAAAAUGAGGAGAGGCAAGAGGAUGAGGUUACUUCCUCUGUGAAUGGCUCUCCAGCAGGGCAUCAGCAACAAGCAGACAUGGAGACCCGUUACCAUCAGCAGGAAGAGCAAGCAUCCAGUCAGGAAGUAGACAGCAUUGUUUCCCACCUGUCUGCUAAAACCCAAAGUGAAGACCCCUCAGCAGUUCCUCCACCACUGCCUCCCAUCUCCCAGAAGACCCAGCCUGUCCAGAGUGAGGCUUAUGACAUCAAUCCUGAUGUCCUGAGCUCUGGAGUGCUCUGCCUGCCGGGAACAAGAGAUAAAUCAGGCCAUGCCCUUGUGACAGUGACAAUGAGAAACACUAUCUGGUUGAAUCCGAACUGCAAUAGUGGAGAGCUGAUGCGGAUCAUGGUCUACUUCUUCAGUACACUCAGAAAGGAAGUUAGUGCUUUGGGACUGACUGUCUUGGUGGAUGCCCGCAGGUGUUCUCCUGUCCCCGCCCUCUUUAAAUCCUUCAACAUCCUCCAGGAAGCCAUGCCGGGAUGCAUCCAUACAGUACUGCUGCUGGCCGACAGAGAUCUGGCUCUACGUGUGGAGAAAACCACUUCUAUACAGGUGGAGUUGUUGACAUCGCUUAAGUCUCUCUAUAAGCAUGUUGACAUCGCUCAACUCCCCACUGAGUUUGAAGGCACUUUCCCUUAUUCCCACAGCAGCUGGAUCUGUUUCAGAAUGAGGCUGGAGCAGCUGACCAGCCAUUGUGAGGAUGCUGUGAACCUGCUUCAGAACACCAUCAGCAAACUGGAGUCUACAGUGCUGCCACCUACAGCAGAGGAGGCACAGAUCUUAUUGUGUAAGUACAGAGAGUUGAUGAGGACUGUUCUGGAGGACAGCAGGUUGGUGCGGCUACAGCUGGAGGGAGGAGCCGCUCUGUCCCGUUUGCGAAAAGAGGAGACCAGUGUCAGUCUGACAGAGGACUACAGAGAUGCCAUCGAGAGUGCAGGCUGUCUGUACAACCAAGUGGACGAGUUAGUUCACAGACUGGUGAUGCUGUCCAACAAAUGCACACAGGAACUGGAAUUCAUAAUGGAGUUUAAGACUCUGGAGGAGGGAUUCAGAGAGGUGAGUCAGUGGAUAGAAGAAGUGGGCGAGACUCGUCUGCAGACACUGAGUGAGCUGGAAGAUUCCUUUGAGCAGUUACAUCAUAAACAGACUGUCUUCAGAGAAUUUUACACAGCUGCAUAUGAGCACUGUAAGAGUGGUGAAGCUCUCCUUACGCGCUUAGAGAAGUGGGAAGACGUCUCUUCUGCAGAGCUGCAGGUGUACGAGGUGAAGAUACGCUCAUUCUGGGUCCAUCUACAUGAUUUCUCCCAGCGAGUGGAGGAAACCAAGGAUAAAAUUGACAAGACUGUUAGACUCUACGAGUUUUUUGACAGGGCAUAUGAAUGGGCACUAGAGGGCAUGCGUCAUUUGGCGUGUGUUAGUAUGGAGGAAUGUGGCAUGUCUGACAAGUGUCAGAGCGUGAUCACGUGUCUGGAGACCUAUCGCAGUCAGCACCCCCCGAUCCCCGACGCACACUUCCAGGAGAUGAAGGACCUCGCUGGGGAGCUGAAGAGUGAGCAGGGACUCAAGCAGUGGAAGUUUGCCUGGUCCAAGUGUCAGGAGACCAAGCAGAUGUUUGAGAAGAAGCUGGAGAUGGCCCUGCGCACCCGCCGCGAGAGCGGCUCCAAAUCAGCGAGGGGUGACUCCUCUCGCCGGAACUCGGACCGUAGCGCUAAACCUCAGGAGCGUAGCAGUAGCAUCUCCUUCUCAUGUCGGAAAGCGUUCGGUGGAGGCUGGGGCAGGGACAGACUUUCCUCACAUUCCAGCAUGUCCUCCACUCCUAGCAGUCCUUCAGGCAUUCGCAUGGACGCCCGUGACACUGUCCGAACCCCCACAGGAAGUCCAUAUAGCAUUGAGCACAGCACGCCUGUCAGAUCCCACAGGCUAACACGAAGCAUCUCUACAGACGAGUCUCCGCAGCGGCCACAAGUGGAGGGGCAGGCAUGUGCAACAAGCCCAAGCCUCACUUCUAUAGAACCAAACCGCAGGGUUUUGCGGAAGACCCAGAGCUUUGAUACGGCCGGUAGCGAGUCUGUGUCACGGUAUGGGACCUGUCAGAGAACUUUGAGUGAGCCUGCACGGAGAGGAAACACAGGGGUGUUCAUUAAGGGUCUGGAGGUGAGCAGCACUGAAGUGAUCGAUCGGCCGUACAGCCCGCGACUGCCGCCCAUGCAUGGAUGGUCUUCUGUUGAUUCACACCGCAGCGGGAGUCCUGCACCAGAAACAUGCAGCAAGGGCAGUAAACUACGCCACAUCGUAGAUGAGAUGGUAACAACGGAGCGGGAAUAUGUGCGUUCUCUGCGGUACAUCAUUGACAACUAUUUCCCUGAGAUGGAGCGCGCUGACCUGCCACAGGACCUGCGGGGAAAGCGCAGCGUCAUCUUCGGAAACCUGGAGAAGCUGGUGGACUUCCACAGCCAGUAUUUCCUGAAAGAGCUUGAGAGCUGCUGCAAUCACCCACUACGCGUCAGCCACUGCUUCCUACGACAUGUAAGAGACCCCAAACGCAUUGAGGGUGGCCUAGAUGUUUACAUAUAUAAGCACUCUUUUAAGACAGCUGAUGUGGGUAUGACAGAGACGUCGGGUGAGAACGCUCUGAGGUUUGAGGUCUGGUUCAGGAGGAGAAGUUCAAAGAACCAGACCUACAUUCUCCAAGCCAGCACUGCCGAGAUCAAACACGCCUGGACCUGCGACAUUGCACGGAUACUGUGGCAGCAGGCCACACGGAAUAAAGAAAUUCGAAUGCAGGAGAUGGUCUCUAUGGGGGUGGGCAAUAAACCCUUCCUGGACAUUAAACCCAGUGAUGCUGCUAUCAACGACAGAGCCAUUGACUACAUUAUGAAAGGCAGAGGGGCCAGGACGAGAGCCUCCAUUGCUGUCUCGCUUUUUGACCACUCAAACCCAUUCAAACGAGCUGCAGUAAAUGCUCCCGUUAGUGGCCCCCCAGUGUCCAGUGGCCCCUCCUCUUCCACGCUGCUGGGCCCAUUGAAUCUGCAUAUGUACAGCAGCCAAAGCCUGUUAGCAGGGGAGAGACCUCUCAUCAGCCCCUGCAUCGAGGAAGACGAGCUGGAGCACGAGACAAGCAGUCAACCGUCUAUGACUACAGAGAGUUCGGGUUCGUCGUCUCACUGUCUGUCAGGUAGUGGCUCGAGCGGGUCAGACAGCGGAUGUGUGUCGAGUCACCUUCCCGAGGCUUUGUCCGAGGAGCCCAGCUCACCGUGUGACUCCUCCUGUUACUCCUCCAUCACCUCUCCCACCCAGGAGAAACCCUGCUUUAACAGCCAGUACAUCUCAGCGGGGGAAGCUCAGGUGAUUGGUCCCUCUACUAUAGUGUGAGCUCAGUAACCACUGCUGCAGUUUAAGACCUGUCUGCUUCAGAUUGUGAAGACAACGUUGCCACACCGAAGAGGAGUACAGAGCUAGUAUUUAUUGUUCCCACUGAGUGCCAGCCAAUCUCAUGCAGAGUUUAAAAAGCGCUCAAAAUAGCACUGUUUCUCUUUUUCUUUUUAAGCCACUUUUAGCUUCAAUAGCUUUUAUAUAAUUUUCAAAAUGAUCUAUAAAACUGAAUAAAUAUUCUUGUAUUUAUCUUCUUUUCAAAUGUUAAGAUACAGUAGUGUUCUCAGCUGUAUUAUUAACUGUAAAUACUGUAGUAGUGUACAAUACACUUCUGAACUGUUGCGGUUAUUCAGUUCCCACUUUUUUUGUUGUUGUUGUUGUUGCCCAUUUUGCUGCAGACUUCAGCUGGUUUGAUUUUGAAAAAAAAAUGCCUUAAUGUUAAAAGGUAUGGCUAGAUUUCUAAGCAUCAGUACACUAAAGAUGUUAAGCAAUGUUUAAAGCAUUUGUUGUAGAGUUUCUGUUCUUUCUAGUGUUUCCAUAGUUUGUGGACCUGUAGUCAGUCAAUAUGCUGUAUGAUAGCUGGCCUGAUCCAGAAUCAGAGAGCAUUCAUUCAAAUCAUACGACUGACCUCAGGUCAGCACUGCUGCCUGUUUGGAGAUGGUGAGAGUUUUCAUUUCAGUUCUCUUAUUUACAUUAUUAACUAUAACAAAAUACAACAUGUAAAUUGUAAAUAGUUGCACCAGUGGUGCUUUGAGGACAUAGCGUUUAGGAAGUAAUGUUUAUACAUGUAUUAACCAGUCAACAUGGGAAUCACUCAAGUGCCAUUCUUUGUUGCCAACCCAAAUUUGAAGUGUAAAAUCAAAAGAUAAUAGUAAUUAAAAAAGCGUUGCAAGUUCCACUUCAAGCUGAAGCAUGAGUAUGUACUCAAGUGUUUUAUUUUCCAUCUUAACAAGUUCACACAGAAGUAAUAAAGACUGGAUUGCUUUGUACCGGUAAAGAAAGUGUGUUUUAUUUAUUGUCUUUAAUCAUUUAUGAUUGGCAUAAAGUAGAAGCACAUAUCCCACAAACCCUGCGGGCUGGUAUUCAAUUUCUGCACACUGACUG